AUGCAGCGUCAACUCUCGCGCUAUCUCACCUUUGCUUGGGCAAUCAUCAACUGCCUGGUAGCCGGAUCAAUCACCUGCUUCUCCGUAUACGCGCCUCUGUUCCAGAAACGCCUACACUACACACAACUACGCGUAAACACCAUCUCCAUCACUGCCGAACUCGCCAUGUACCUACCCGUCCCUAUCUUCGGCUUCCUCUGCGAUCGCUAUGGCCCUGGCAUUCCUUCUAUCCUCUCGGGUUGCUUCGCCGGCUUCGGCUAUAUACUGGCCGCUUUCACCUACCGCAACCCCGACUGGCCAUUUGCUGUCAUGGUCUUCUCCUUUGUCUGGGUAGGCAUGGCCACCAGCUGCAUGUACUUGAGUGCUGUCACCACAUGCGCAAAGAACUUCGGAAGAGGUAAACACAAGGGCCUUGCUCUGGCUCUCCCUAUCGCCGCUUUUGGUCUGAGCGGCAUGUGGGAGAGCCAGGUCGGCAGUCGCCUGCUAUACGAGAAGAAGCCCGACGGCUCCCAUGGAGACAUUGAUGUCUUUCGCUUCUUCAUCUUCCUCGGCUGUACCUUGUUUGCAGCUGGUGCCGUUGGCUUCUUCCUAUUGAGGAUCAUUGACGAGGACGAGAUGAUUGAUGAAGCAAUUGAAGAAUUGGAACAGAGCGGUCUGCUAGAGGACAGUGCCUUCUUCCACAGAGGCCAGCAUCAUGACCAUCACGAAGGUUAUGGUGCUGUACAUGAUGAAGACGAGGAUGACGAGGAAGAGCGCCAACGCAAAGAAGAAGAGGCCCGUAAGAAGACUUGGCUGCUCAACGAGGAGACUAGCCGCUUCCUGUCAGACAGGACUAUGUGGCUGCUUGCUGGCGGUUUCUUCCUCGUUACGGGUCCCGGUGAAGCCUUCAUCAACAACCUCGGAACUGUCAUCGGUACUCUCUACCCGCCAACCAUGCCUGAUGAAGAGAUUCCCACAAGCGCCGCUACCCAUGUCUCUAUCGUCGCCAUCACUUCAACAAUUGCUCGCAUAUUGACGGGCACUCUGUCUGAUUUAUUUGCUCCAACAUCUGUGCCGCACCAGCAUCGCAGAGGUCCCAACUCGCUCAUGUCAUCCAUGGCCACUUUGCCUGGUGCUGAUGCCGCAGAAUCUCAGAAAAGAUUGGAGAUUUCGCGAAUCACCUUCCUCCUCAUCUUCUCGCUCAUCAUGUCUAUCGGUCAAGCCGUGCUCGCUUCGGGUGUCGUACAAGACCACGGCGAGCGUUUCUGGUGGGUGAGCGCUGCUGUAGGCGCUGGUUAUGGUGCUGUUUUCAGUCUGACUCCUAUCAUUACCUCUGUGGUCUGGGGUGUCGAGAAUUUCGGCACAAACUGGGCAUGUGUUGCUACUGUUCCAGCAUUGGGUGCGACACUAUGGGGCUUGCUUUACAGUGCAGUCUAUCAAUAUGCAGCCAACGACAACGUCGAAGCAAGCAGCGAGCUUUGUUUCGGACGUGCUUGCUAUGCUCCGACGUUUUGGGCCAUGGCGGUGAGUGUUUGGGUGGCAUGUCUCUUAUGGUUAUACGCAUGGCGGGGCCCUGGAGGCUGGUAUAGGCGCGGCAUCGUCAUCUAG